UAAUUUUUUCCAGUAUGCUCAUAAUUGGCAUUAUGUCACUUUAAUCUACCCAAUAAGAAGGUCUGAAGACUGAACCAUGCUAAUGUGAUAAGUUGUGAUUUUUCUAAAAAAAAACACUUUAAAGUAAAAGUACAAAGAGAAGUGAAAAUGUAAAUAACUGGGUUCAGCUAGCUUUGGGCCGACGAAUAACCAAACAAAAAAGCCGUAUCCAUUGGACGAUAUAAACCCUCCAUAACAAUUUCCCCUUCCUCAGCACAAACCCUAAGUCGAAACCCUAGCUGCAGGGAUGCAGAUAUUCGUGAAAACCCUUACGGGGAAGACCAUCACCCUUGAGGUGGAGUCUUCUGACACCAUUGACAAUGUCAAGGCUAAGAUCCAGGACAAGGAGGGCAUCCCACCGGAUCAGCAGCGUCUCAUCUUCGCAGGAAAGCAACUCGAGGACGGCCGCACUCUCGCGGACUACAACAUCCAGAAAGAGUCCACUCUCCACCUCGUCCUCCGUCUCCGCGGUGGCGCCAAGAAGCGCAAAAAGAAGACUUAUACCAAACCUAAGAAAAUCAAACACAAGCAUAAAAAGGUGAAGCUCUCUGUCUUGCAAUUCUAUAAGGUGGACGACUCCGGCAAGGUGCAGAGGCUCCGCAAGGAGUGCCCCAACGCCGAGUGCGGCGCAGGAACCUUCAUGGCCAAUCAUUUUGAUCGUCACUACUGCGGAAAGUGCGGUCUAACUUAUGUCUACCAGAAGGCCGGUGCCUAAUCAUUAAUGUAUUUGUAUUUGCUUUUCUUAUUAUUUUUUUAGUUUUUAAAGUUUUGUUUCAUGUUUUGUUCGUGUAAUUAAACUUUUAUUAAUACUUCAUCGAUUUAGAUUAGGGUGUUUGAUCGAAUUGCUAUGGUUGAAUAUU